AUGGCCUUCCCAAUCGAGCAUCUGUUUCUACGUAAAAGGCUCCUCGACCGGUUUCCUUACCUACUCAGCCCCUGCCCCCUACUUACCAGGCACCUUCAUCCAGUACUUAUCCAGUACUGGGUUUCUCUCGGCGAAUCCCCCGGCUCCGUCGUCCGAGGCGCCGCGUUCGCCUUCUCGGGCUGGAGACGCUGCAGGCGUGAUUCCUUCGCAACCGGAAUCCUCACAAAAAAUCCUAGUUCCUUUAUACCGUUGGCGGUCGAGACGGCGGGGACGCGAAGGGCCACGAGGAGUCCCAACACGAGCCCAGACGGAGAAACCCAGACCGAGUACGAGGCAAGUGCAGACGAAAGCUACUUCGGUCUGGGAACCAUCGCAAUAGCUUCAGCCGUGUUCCCCCACUCCUCCAUCUCCUUCCUUUCCCCGUUCCCUCCAGCACUUACCGCCAUCCCGUUCAACGAUUGCAUUCCUCUCGCAGAAGGAUUCUAUCUCGGAUUCAGGACCGCAGCCGUCCUGUUGUCCGUGAUCUGCCAGGCCCUCGGAGACCCUCACGCCCCCCAUCACCAUUCUUACCCCCAACGAAUGACAUACACUAACUCCACUCAUCCCACCGAAGUCCAUGAUGACCCCCACAAAACGUCAUCUCACGGGUUCCGAAUUCCUACUUAUGAAUCCCAAAUUAUAUUUGAGAGAUUCGCUUACGGCAACACCUUCAUUGCCUCUAUGGAAGCCAGUUUCGGCGAUCAAGUUCUAGAUUUCUACCAUCCGGAGUACCACAUCCAGCGAUACCGUCAGGCGAAUGCGAUUCAGAGUGCUUUGAGUGAAGGACAUCGAGAGAAGCAGGACUUCCACAGUGGUGCCUGA